AUGGUGAUAAGCUUUUCAACUCUUUCCUCGCGAACUUCACCAAACAUCUGCUGUCGCUUUUCCCGCGUAUGGCUGUACGUGCUUCUCGCGAUUCUAUCGGUCUUCAUCUUCCACGGCAUUUUCGUUCGAAGGCAAGAGUUCCUUUCAUAUACGCCUUCUAACAUAGGAUCUGAUACGGCGUCCAAUAGGCAAGUCGUCAUUAUCGGGCCUGGCGAUCUGGGGAGUAACCCGCGCGAGGUGAGACCCCAAGAUGAUCAGUCCCCAUAUGCACACGAGCCAGUGGGUCUUGGCACGCUUCGCGAUGUUCGAGAGGAUAAUUUCUACCGUGGCGGGACUUUAACUUUGGACGUCGGGAGUGGUGAGGCGCACCCAAGCCCCGUGGUGUUCGAUCCUUAUCCCGAUUACAAUGGGAAUGAAUGGCGCAAGGAGUCCACAGGAAGCUUUCGUGCCUGCGAGGGCCCACGUGGGUACACUUUGAACCGCUGGAGUCCCGAGGACAUGAUGACCGUGUAUCCAAGUAUCCCAAAAGGUAGUGCCAUUGACUGCCACGUCGCCAGGUUCCCUCGCAAAGCUAACAAGCUCGUAGAUUUUCCUCUUUCUUUGAUCGGCUCGUAUUCAGCAAUGGGAAUCGACUCGUCCGUCUGCACAAACCGAUAUUCUCGACUUAACGCAUACGGAUACGAAAGCAACAGCAGCCAGGGCACCUUUGAUGUUUGGCAGCCACCACGAAUGGAUUGGGAUAAUGUUCGCUGGGGGAAACUUCAAUUGCAGUGUUCUGAACUAAACGCUAACAGAUACGGUCGAGGCGUGACCGAUAUGCAAGCCGUGCACUUUCUGCCUGAUAGCCCUCCUGCUUCUUCACAGCAAAUUCCUCGCAGCCAGCCUAGCUCUUCUCCAACCGGCGCUCAAUACAAAGCACGGUCAGCUGUUAUCCUACGUGCCUGGCAUGACAUGGAAUGGACGGAAAACCUCAAACAGUAUAUUCGUUCUCUUAUUAUGGAGCUGUCGUUGCACUCCGGCGGCGAAUAUGAGAUCUUUAUUCUGUGCCAUGUGAGAGACAAGAAGAUCUCACUCAAUCCAGAAGACGUCGAUGCCAUCUGGCGCCUUAAGACCCGAUUCGUACCAGUUGAGUUUGUGGAUAUGACUAUUCUUUUCAACGAUCAGAUAUUAGAGGCAUGGUAUCCUAAGAUUGAGGAUCACAGCACAAAAACCCAAUACUGGCAACCAGUUCAAAUUUUCUCUCAAAUCUUCCAAGAGUUUGAUUAUUAUUGGCAGCUGGAAAUGGAUUCCAGGUUUACUGGCCAUGUUUAUCACUUCCUGGAACAAGCUGCCAAGUUUGCGAAGGCACAGCCACGAAAGUACCUCUGGGAGCGUAACUCCUACUUCUUUAUCCCAGGAGCUCACGGGACUUGGCAACAAUUUACACGAAUGGUCGAAGCUUCUAUGAAAGGCCGGGGGAGUAUUUGGGGACCAAUAGAUCUCUCUGGAUUUAUCCCCGUAGGCUCUACCGCAGAUAACGGGCCUCCGAUAAUUGCGGUAGGUCCCAAACCCCCUGUUGCCUCCCCAGAAGACGACAAUUAUAAAUGGGGAGUUGAUGAGGAGGGCGAUUUAAUUACGUUUCUCCCCACUUUUGAUCCUGUUCGCACUCGCUGGGUUUUCUCAGACGUUAUAGGGAAUCUUCGUGGAGAUAUCCCUCGCCAAGCAUCCCCUGUCGCUAUGGGGCGUAUUUCAAAGAACCUGGCACAGCAAAUGCAUAAUGCGCAAAGCCAGUUGGGAAUCAUCCUAGCUUCUGAGAUGACUGCACCAACAUUAGCACUAUGGCAUGGGUUAAAAGCAGUGUACGUUCCCCAGCCUGUCUACGUUGACGGUAAAUGGACGUCGAAGGAGUUGGGCCGCAUAUUGAACCCUGGUGCUCCUGAAAAAAUCAAUGGCGGCGAAGAUAGUAUCUGGAACUGGGACCACCGCUGGGACCAUAUCCUAUACCGUUUGUCCUACAUGUUUUCGACACAAUCUGCGGAAGACUUCUAUCGAAGAUGGAUGGGCUUCAAAAUUGAUCCCCUUCAAUAUACGGACGGCACCUAUCAUCAAGAUCCCCAAGGUCGGAACUGGUUUGAAACCGGUGACUUGCGAGAGGAUUUGUAUGGCCCACUUUGUUUCCCGUCCAUGCUACUUCAUCCUGUUAAGAACACCGAUGUAAAGAAGGGUUCGAGCAUGGCGGUCCCUGUUUAA